AAGAGAAUCAUGGAGUUGGAUUGGAGAAUGACCACCAAACCACUUUGUGGCUGUGGUAAUGGGAAACGAAGUCGAGCCUAGUGGCAGUAAAAGCAUAAGAAACCCCAAGGCAGAGAAGCGUUUCAAAUCCAUCAACCGAAAAGGCCAAAAAAAACAUUAAACAAAAAAAAGUUGGAAGUUUGAGAGCAAAGAAACGAGGAAGGGCAAGGCCGGAUAGCACUGCGUAGUGAGGGCAGCCGAAGCCUCCGCAAGAAGUGGCAACUACAUCCAUCAAGAGAGGAUUCGUGGUGUUCCUUCCGUCUAUUACAGUCUUUCUCAUCAAAAUCAAGAUACUUUUUUGGUAGAUAAUACUAGACUGUUUCAGUUGAAGGCUUUGGAUGGAGAAACAAAACGUUUUCUUUUCAGAAAUAUCCUUCUGGCUUCGGCCAAGGCCUUGUAAGGGUACGAAAUUUAAUUUGAUAUUUACUUUUCUUCUAAAACAGGGAGAAGAAGCGAUUUUUUCUUCAACCGUUCGUACUUGGAAUUCUUUCUGUUCGGACGGAGCUCAGAAGCAAGCUUUUCUUAGAUUGUUGGGGGAGGAAACGGAAAUCUGGAAAAUUGGCUUCUCGGAGCUCUUCCGGCAGUUUUGGUCUUUAAUUUUGAUUGCGAAAUUGUUUGGAAAGUACACUGUCAACUUCAAUAUACAGUUUUGAGGAUUCCCACCGACUUUGGCUCUUCAAUUUGUUCUUGGACUCUUAUUGUUUCGACAACUAAGCUGCGUUUUGGGAUGAGAAUGGAGGCUGAUCAUAACUUAAAUUUUCACUAUGGAGGAUUCUUUCCGCCAUCUCUUAUCAAUCAAAAUGUAGCAUUGUUUCAACCAGAGGCAACAGGGUUGACAUCAGAGGGAAUGUAUAAUUCAGGUGAAAUUAGCAGUAUGGCAGGAAUGAUCUUGCCUGGUAACCCUUGCACCCAAAGUCAUACUUCUUCUGUGAUGUCACUGCCUGAUAAUCUUUCAGGAAGCAUCGCUCUUGACCCCAUGUCACCUGUCAAGCAUAGUGCAACAGUGGCUACCUGUUGGUCUUUGGAAGAGUUGUAUGUGUUGAGGCAAGGCCUUAUGGAACAUGCUACUGAGCCUACAAAUAUAAUGAAAUAUAUCAAGAUAGCAGCUAAGCUGCCUGAGAAGCAAGUAAGAGAUGUCGCAAUGAAGUGUCAAUUGAUAGCGGAGGAAAGUGGCAAAAGACGCAAGCUAGAAAAUUACCAUGCAGAAAAAAAGGAAAAGGUGGUGUAUUCUUCCUCAUUGAGCACUGUGCAUUCUUUCCAACCAGAGAGCAUGACACCGUUGUUAUUCAGGGUGCACAACAUGCCAAGCAAUAAUCAUCCUUGUCAAGAUUCACCAAUAAAUAUAGAGACACAGCACCUUCUAAUGGAGAAUUUUAAUCUUCUCAAUCAGAUAGGAUCAAACCUUGAAAUGAGUAAGGUACAAGAUAACAUAAACCUAUUUUAUCAUGUCAGAGAAAACAUAGACAACAUUUUGACAAGCAUGAGUGUCAACCCAGGCAUUAUUAGUCAGAUGGCUUCAUUGGCUGUGUCUAUUGAUGAUAAUCUUUUCCAGUCUAUUCUUCCCCCUGCUAUUCAGGUGCAUGUACCUGGAAAUACUUAUCCAAAGGAAGAGCCGAGAUACUUCAUGGGUGGUGAUUAGAUCAAUUUGGUGACUGAUGAUAAAGCUUUUGAUGCCCGGCAUUCAGUAUAAUAUAUGAAUGCAACUUUAUCCGUUUCUAAGUUGCCCAUGUAUACCCUUCAUCUAGUAGCGAGUGUUCUUUAACACAAUCAGGUCCUUUCAGGUUUAGUGAUUCUUUUGGAUUUUAUAAUAUUCAUUUUUUUUUGUCAUUUUAAUUGAAUAAAAUUAUGUAGUCCGACUGAACAAUCUUAGACUCCGUCGCACGUAACUAUUCAAAGAGACAUUUUAUCAUUGGAGAUAUAAAUCUGUAAAUCAUCAAGUUUGCAGUCUAGCAUUGUUUCUAGCAA